GAAAACCAGAUCCACCAGCGGAUUGCAGACCUAAGGCGAGAAGGCCUGUGGUCUCUGCGGCGGCUGCCGAAACUGCAGGAGGCCCCCCGGCCCAGGUCCCACUGGGACUGCCUGCUGGAGGAGAUGCAGUGGAUGGCCACAGACUUCGCCCAGGAGAGGCGGUGGAAGGUGGCUGCUGCUAAGAAGCUCGUCAGAACUGUGGCACGCCACCAUGAGGAGAGGCGGGUCCGCGAGGAGAGGGGCAAGAAGGAGGAGCAGAGCAGACUGAGGCGCAUCGCUGCAUCGACUGCCCGAGAAAUAGAGUAUUUUUGGUCUAACAUUGAACAGGUUGUCGAAAUAAAACUACAAGUAGAAUUAGAAGAAAAAAGGAAAAAGGCCUUAAAUUUACAGAAAGUUUCCAGAAAAGGGAAGGAGUCGAGACCCAGGGGAUUGGAAGUAUUACCAGAACAUUUCCUGGAUUCCAGAGUAUCUGGAAGAAAAAGAAAAGCAAGCGUGUCCUUGACUGAUGACGAAGUGGAGGAUGAAGAGGAGACCAUUGCAGAGGAGGAAGCACACGAAGGGGCCGUCGAUCACCAGACAGAACUUUCUAAUUUAGCCAAAGAAGCGGAGCUGCCAUUGACUGACUUGGUGAAGCUGUACGAGGGCGCAUUUCUGCCGAGUUUCCAGUGGCCACAGCCCAGUCCUGACAGUGACGAGACGAGUGAGGAUGAAGAUGCCGAGGACCACCCUGGUGAGGGGGAAAGUCGGAGAGACCUGGUCCUCAUAGACUCACUUUUCAUCAUGGAUCAGUUUAAAGCUGCAGAGAGAAUGAACGUUGGGAAGCCAAACACAAAAGACAUUGCAGAAGUGACAGCUGUGGCCGAGGCUGUCCUGCCCAAGGGCAGCGCCCGGGUCUCAACUGCGGUGAAGUUCAGCGCCCCGGCUCUCUUGUAUGGGGCUCUCAGAGACUACCAGCAGAUCGGCCUGGACUGGCUGGCAAAGCUCUACCGGAAGAACCUCAAUGGCAUAUUGGCAGAUGAAGCUGGGCUUGGUAAAACAGUGCAGAUCAUUGCUUUUUUUGCUCACCUGGCUUGCAAUGAAGGUAAUUGGGGCCCCCAUCUUGUGGUUGUGAGGAGCCAUAACGUGCUUAAAUGGGAACUUGAAUUGAAACGCUGGUGUCCUGGGCUCAAAACCCUCUCCUGGAUUGGCAGCCACAGAGAACUCAAAGCAAAGAGACAGGAGUGGGCUGAGCCCAACAGCUUCCACAUCUGCAUCACGUCCUACAAGCAGUUCUUCAGGGGCUAUGCCUCCUUCUCCCGAGUGAGCUGGAAGUGCCUCGUCAUCGACGAGAUGCAGCGUGUGAAGGGCAUGACCGAGAGGCACUGGGAGGCCGUCUUCACCCUGCAGAGUCAGCAGCGCCUGCUUCUGCUCGAUGCGCCACUGCACAACACCUUCCUGGAGCUCUGGACCAUGGUGCACUUCCUCAUCCCUGGCAUCUCCAGGCCCUACAUGAGCUUCCCUCUGAAAACUCCCAGUGACGAGAACCAGGACUACUACCAUAAAGUGGUCAUAAGGCUACACAGGGUGACACAGCCAUUUAUUUUGAGGAGAACUAAAAGAGAUGUGGAAAAGCAACUGACAAAGAAAUAUGAGCAUGUUUUGAAGUGCCGCCUCUCCAACCGGCAGAAGGCCUUGUACGAGGACGUCAUCCUGCAGCCUGGAACUCAAGAGGCCCUGAAGAGCGGGCACUUCGUCAGCGUCCUGAGCGUCCUGAUGCGGCUGCAGCGCAUCUGCAACCACCCAGGACUGGUGGAGCCCCGGCUGCCUCACGCCUCCUACGUGGCAGGGCCUCUGCAGUAUUGCUUGGCCUCUCUGAUUCUAAAGGCACUGGACAGAGAUUUCUGGAAGGAAAUUGAUCUUUCUCUAUUUGACCUCAUUGGGUUAGAGAAUAAAAUCACUCGCCAUGAGGCAGAAUCACUGUCUAGGAAGAAGGUGACUCGGAAACUCAUGGAGGAGAUCUUCACCUCACCGCCCCCAUCCGCACGGCCAGCGUCUGUGAAGCUGAAGGCGAGCAGGUUGUUUCAGCCCGUGCAGUACGGCCAGAAACCCGAGGGCCGCACCGUGGCAUUCCCCAGCACACACCCACCCCGGACAGCAACCAGCACCGCAGCCACUGCUGCUCCACAGGGCCAGCUGCGAGGACGGCCACCGGUUGCCACUUUCUCUGCGAAUCCGGAUGUGAAAGCAGCAGCAGCCCCGUUUCAGAGCUCUCAGGCCUCCUCCAGUGCUGCUCGACACCAGCCCGCCUCGACCUUCAGCACGGCCGCUAGCCCAGCCCAUCCUGCGAAACUGCGGGCUCAGACCACUGCACAGGCCUCCGCCCCAGGCCCGCCCCCGCCCCAGCCCCAGGCCCCCGCGCACGCGGCCGGGCAGAGCCCGCUGCCUCAGAGGCUGGUGCUCACCUCGCAGGCCCAGGCCCGCCUGCCCAGUGGAGAGGUGGUAAAAAUAGCACAGCUGGCAUCCAUCGCGGGACCACAGAGUCGGGUCACUCAGCCCGAGACGCCUGUGACCCUGCAGUUCCAGGGCAACAAGUUCACCUUGUCACACAGCCAGCUCCGGCAGCUCACGGCAGGCCAGCCUCUGCAACUCCAAGGCAGCGUUCUCCAGAUCGUGUCAGCCCCCGGGCAGCCCUACCUGCGAGCCCCUGGCCCUGUGGUGAUGCAGACCGUGUCUCAGGCGGGUGCUGUGCAUGGCACCCUGGGAAGCAAGCCCCCGGCCGGCGGCCCCAACCCUGCGCCCUUGACCCCACCAGCUGGUGUUCCCAGUCGAGUGGCUGUUAAUGCCAUGGCCGUGGGAGAACCUGGGAUGGCCUCCAAGCCAGCCUCCCCCGGUGGAGGGCCUACCCAGGAGGAAAAGGCCAGGCUUCUGAGGGAGCGGCUGGACCAGAUCCAUCUUGCCAACGAGCGGCGCUGUUGCCAGGCCCCAGUGUAUGGCCGGGACUUGCUGAGGAUUUGUUCCCUGCCAGGAAGAAUACACGUGCCUGGGAAGGUGACGGGGCCGGCCAGCUGUCACCUGUCACCCUCAGAAAGUAAGGGCGACUUCAUUCUGACCCUGAGUCAGUGCCAGGAGUCUCUGCAGGACGUGCUGGGCAGGGUGGCCUGUGUUAUCCCUCCUGUGGUGGCCGCACCCCCGUCCCUGUGCGUGGCGAGGCCUCCCUCCCUGUACAGCCACAGGCUGCGGGUUCUGAAGCAGCGCCUGGAGGAGCACGCGGCCCCCUUCCUCCAGCAGCUGCGACGCUGGACGGCCCUGCGCUCGCUGCAGUUUCCUGAGCUGAGGCUGGUGCAGUUUGACUCGGGGAAGUUAGAAGCCUUGGCUCCCUUGCUUCAGAAGUUGAGAUCUGAGGGGCGCCGGGUGCUGAUUCUGUCACAGAUGGUUCUGAUGCUGGAUAUCUUAGAGAUGUUCUUGAACUUCCAUCACCUCACCUACAUCCGCAUUGAUGAGAACGCCAGCAGUGAGCAGCGGCAGGAGCUGAUGCGGAGUUUCAACAGGGACAGGCGGAUCUUCUGCGCCCUUCUCUCCACUCACAGCCGCGCCACCGGGGUCAGCCUCGUGGAGGCGGACACUGUCGUGUUCUAUGACAAUGACCUGAACCCUGUGAUGGACGCCAAGGCCCAGGAGUGGUGUGAUCGGAUUGGGAGAUGCAAGGACAUUCACAUCUACAGGCUUGUGAGUGGAAAUUCCAUUGAAGAGAAAUUGUUGAAAAAUGGAACUAAAGAUUUGAUCCGAGAGGUAGCUGCUCAGGGGAACGACUACUCCAUGGCAUUCCUUACACAGCGCACCAUCCAGGAGCUGUUUGAGGUCUACUCCCCCAUGGAUGAUGCCGGCUUCCCUGUGAAAGCUGAGGAGUUUGUCGUGCUCUCUCAGGAACCUUCCGUAACAGACAACAUUGCUCCCAAGAUUGCAAGACCUUUCAUAGAGGCCCUCAAGAGCAUCGAGUGUUUGGAGGAAGAUGCACAGAAAGCCAGCGAGGCUGUGGUGCCUGGGUUGGAUGCCGACGCCCUGUUGUCAGACUCGGGCGACCUGCUGGUGGAGGACGGGCCAUCACAGCUGGAGGAGCUGGCUGACUUUAUGGAGCAGCUUACACCUAUUGAAAAAUACGCCUUGAAUUACCUGGAAUUUUUCCAUACUUCCUUCGAGCAAGAAAAACAGAGAAGUAGUGGGGAUGCAGUCAUGGCGUCGGUGAGGGAGUGGGAGUCCCGGAACAUGAAGGCACAGCAGGACAGAGAGGCCCAGCUGCAGCUGGAGCAGGAGGAGGCCGAGCUCCUCACCUACACCAGAGAGGACGCCUACAGCAUGGAGUACGUCUGCGAGGAUGCCGACGGGCAGACUGAGGUGAUGCCGCUCUGGACCCCACCCACUCCCCCUCAGGAUGACAGUGACAUCUACAUUGACUCGGUUAUGUGUCUCAUGUACGAAACCACCCCCAUCCCAGAAGCCAAGCUACCCCCGGUGUAUGUGAGGAAGGAACGCAAGCGGCACAAGACGGACCCCUCAGCUGCAGGCAGGAAGAAGAAGCAGCGGCACGGAGAAGCCGUGGUCCCGCCAAGGUCCCUGUUUGACCGAGCCGCACCAGGCAUGCUCAAGAUUCGGCGAGAAGGCAAGGAGCAGAAGAAGAACUUGCUGCUGAAACAGCAGGCUCAGUUUGCCAAGCCCCUGCCCACUUUUGCCAAGCCCACAGCUGAGUCUGGGCAGGACAGUCCCGAGUGGCUCAUUGGCGAGGACUGGGCCCUGCUGCAGGCCGUAAAGCAGUUGCUGGAGCUGCCUCUGAACCUCACAGUUGUGUCACCGGCCCACACCCCAAAUUGGGAUCUUGUCAGCGAUGUCGUCAACUCCUGCAGCCGGAUCUACCGCUCUUCCAAACAGUGCCGGAAUCGCUACGAGAACGUCAUCAUCCCAAGAGAAGAGGGGAAGGUGAGCGUGGCCUCAUUGUCCUUCUGAGAGGGGGUCCAGGUGCACUGACCUCAACCUGCAGUGCUGGCCAGGGCCAGCUCGUGUUCUCUACGUCGGUGGUAAAACUGGCCUCAGGGC